AUGAAAGAAGCUCAUGAGAGGUUAAUUAAAAUAAUUAAGCUUAUUGAAGUACACUAUGGAAGAUGUUUUUCAUUUAAGCGUAUGAAUGGAAUACUCGGCUCGUUGCCAACAAGUUUAGAAUUGCUUGAAGAUCAACCCACAACUGGUUCAAUAUUGGAUGCUAAAAACAUACAGGAAUCGACUAUUACUGGAUGCGAGCUGUUUUCUGGAGAAAUGCUGAAGCCUAGUUCCGAAGCAAUAAUGACCGAAUCAAUGCUCGAACUGAUGGUUGCUUUUUAUAAUGCUUCUUAUAUCGAAAUUGAUGGGGAAGUCGACAGUUAUCCUGGACAAAUUCAAUACUUCUUCAAACAUACAGUCGACUUGCCAAAUGGACAAAUGGAAUAUAAUUUGGCAUAUAUUCGUUGGUAUCGACCAGCUAGUAUGAGUGAAAGUCGAUAUUAUUUUCAUAUUGAUGAUGAAGACGUCAAGUUGUGGAAAUCUGAAUUUUAUGAUGAAAGCUGCGAUUCUUCCAAGCAUAUUACCAACACGAUUGAUACUAUUUUUAAUUUUUCAAAUAUUGAGAAUGAGAAUAUUAAUGAUCAAAAUUAUCAACAACAAAUUAUUUCAACUUUAAAUAAUACUACAAGAAUCUUUCAACAACUUACUCCACAUGGAGAACUGGAUUAUUCAACUAUGAUUGCAUUACAAAAAUGUCAUGAAGUAUAUAAUUCAAGGCCAGUUGAAAGACAAAAUCAUACACAUGCAAUCAGUCACGAACAAACAAACACUAUUAAUCCAAAUAAGGCUAAAAAUUGGAAAACAAUGACAGCUAAUCUUGCAAAUUUACAACAAAAUGAAUUAUCAAAACGGAAAUGCAUUAAUAAAGUUGCAAGUAAAAUUAUGUGUAUUGAGUCAGCAAAUAUUACUCAAGAUUUUCCAUUGCAGCAAAAUGAUUAUGUAAUUGUACUAUAUGGAACAAAAAUUUGUAUUGGCAAGCCAAAAUGCAGUCCCUCAAAUUGA